AUGUCGCAGUGCCUCGGAACGGGGUCCUUCGCCACCGUCCACCUGGCCUUCGAUCCUACUCACCACAAGCAAGUAGCUUGCAAAAGCAUUCGAACUCGCCGCGAGAAUGAAGUUCGUCAAGUUUUGAAGGAAGUAAGGAUUCUCAUGACAUUGAAACAUCCUAACAUAAACGAGAUAUACGACACCGAGGAGGACAACGGAUUCAUUCACAUCUUUCUGCAACUUUGUACAGGCGGAGAUUUGUUCACCUACAUCUCUACCGUGAACCUCAAAGCCGACAGGCCAGGUUUAUGCGAAGCAGAGUCCAACGGAAGCCAUCCGUUCGACAAUGACGCUACCUACCAGUCAUCUUGGGCGGACGAUGCGGAUUCGUAUACAAGUGUGCCGACAGAAUCACAGCAAUGUCUGGGAUCGUUCAGUGAGCACAGACAGGCAAGACUGAAAGCGAGAAUCGUGGAAGAGGAGGUCGUCUUCUUACAUUGCCCCUGGAGCAACUUACCACAAGCCAAGGCAUUGGUGCAGAACUUGCUCGUCCAUGAUUAUCGCCGGAGAGCCAACGUCUUCGAGGCACUGGACAGCGAGUGGAUGGUAUCGGAGAUCAGCGACCUUCAGCUACUUUACCGGCGCAAGAUCUUGGGCAACAAAUGA